AUGUCGUCGUCAGACGCUCCUGCCGCUCCUCCGGCUUCGGUAGCGAUUUCGCACAUUUCACGUCUUCCCGUGCGAGAUGAGGAGGGGUCCGCUGAGUUGGCCGACUCGGCGUCCCGGGCUCACGGGUCCGAGUCAGCGUUUCGCACUUAUCCUCGCCGCUCGCCGAGUCCGCGUGAUGACACCACUUCGGGCGCCGCCGGCUCCGGUCGGUCGGACUCGGCUGGGUCGUCUGAGCAACGUCGCAUCGAGAACACGGACAUGGCUCGGUUGCUGUCCUUCGUGAUCACUCGGCCAGCACCGGGAGCUGACAGAGAGGUCCGCCGAGCUGCUCUUGAGGCAACCUCGGUCAGCGAACUUGUGUGCUUCGUGAGGGUCGAGCUGAAAUCGGCCAAGACCAUCAACGCUGACUUGACUCGGCGGUUGGAUUCGCUGGUGGCUGCGAAGGCUGACCUCGAGGAACGGUUCAAGCCCGCUGAGGAGGAGCGUGACCGGUGGAAAGCUGAGUCCCAGAAGUCGUCUCCUCUCCUGACCAGCUUCCAGAAGGCGUUGGCUGAGUCUGAGGCUUCCUUGAAGUCGGCUCGCGACUCCCAAGAUGCUACGGUCCAGUCAGCUUUUGCCCGCGCCCAAGUGCUCAGCAAGGAGAUAAAGGAGCGUAAUUCGGAGAUUGAGAGCUUAACUCAGCUGCUCUCUGCUCGCGAUGCCGAAGUCGGCUCAACAAUCCGCAACGCCAAAGCUGUCAUCAAGCACCAACGUGAGGUAAUCCUUCGGCAGAAGCGGAUCAUCUCUCGGAAUGGCGUGCUACCCAUGCACGACCCCCACAUGGCCGUAGCGGCUGCGGCUGGUCUGGGUGUGCCUGGUAUGAACCCAGCUGACCUGCAGCUCAAUGCUCGUUUAUGCCGAUUUUUGACUCAGCGUUUCCCUGAGGUGAUGGAUAUCCCGGCUGGUGAGACUCGUCGGGUCGAGCUGAUCACCCACCCCCGAGCGGACGGCGCAGCUACUACCCCGCCAGUGGCCGUGAGCUCGGCUGGCUCUUUCCUCGGCAAGUCGGUCGAGCAGCUCCGACGAGCUCGGCUGGAUAUGUUGACGCCAGCCGAAAAAUUGCGUCGCUAUUCAAACCCGAAGUCGGCGACCGCCGCUGGUCCUCGACGCAAGCCUCAGAAGCCUCUAAUGCAGCCGUACGCGUGCCCACUGCCUGGCGAAACUGGUCACGCAGAUGCAUCUGCUCGGCUCAACGAAGCAGCCCAAGAGACUUCUCCAGUUUGUGACUUAUCACUCCAGUCUGGCUUGAAUUUGGCCGGUCUCACAGUUGAGGACGUGCCUGCUGGUGACGACGUUCACUCACUAGAGGGCGACCUCUCCUUCGAGUUCAGCGAGGUUCCCAAAUCCGCCGAGUUUCCUGUGGAGUCGGUUAGUCCAGCCAGCGACGAGUGGACCGCUCGUCAGACUGGUCCCGUAUCCUUCCUCUCCGGAUCGUACGCCUGCGCCGACUUCCGGCUCUGCCGUUCCAGGUAUCGUCGCCUCUUCGAGCAUGCAUCCCCCAGCCAGGCGUCUGGUGUUUCAUCGUCUUCGUCUGGCGCUGAGCCGAGUUUCCAUCUCUGUGUCGUCAAGUUCGCUGGAUUCUUCUUUGGCCACGCUAAACUCGGCUCUCUCGCUUUCCGUCUCGACUCCGCUGCCGACCUGUGUUCGAUGGGUGCCUCCUACCAGUACUACGCCUAUCCGGCUGUGGCUUCAACUCCGACCACAGACGUAAGUCGCUCCGCUGCUCCGCCAGCGAGUGUUGAGCCGACUAUGACUACUUCGAGCUCGGCUGCUGAUGUUUCGGAGGCCGCUUCGCUCGACGUCGGCAGCCGUGAGCGCGCCGAGCUCGGCUGCCCCAAGCUCGACUGUAACCCCAUCUCGGGCUUCUGGUGGUUCAGUCUCCCAGGUGUCACGGGCUGCUGUUGGGUCUCCAACGCACCGACUCCUCGCUUGUUCUCGACCUCGGUUCCCAAGUCCGAACCAGGGUCGUCAUGGUUCGUCGGGAGUUGCUUCGACUGUGGUCACGUCCUUGCCGGGUACUUUAUCUCCAGCGUCGACUCGGCCGACCGUUCCUAUGAGCUUGGCUGUGAUGACAUCUCCUUCUGGCCGUCCACUACGCCAGACUGCUGCCACCGCACGAGUGUUGAACGCGCACUGCUUGGAUUUGCUGGAGACUCUGGAUUACGUCGUUAUCCGUUCAACUCGUCGCAGCUCGUCUUCCGGUUCAUCCGACUCGGUCUUGACCUGGAUGCUCCGCGGACAUCGGCGCACCCGCUGACCGUGUCAGAGGAUUCUGAGUCCACAGCGGAAGACCCUGGGUCGGCUGACGAACUCAGCUCAGUCGACUCGGAUGAUCUCAACGGUACUCCACAGUCUCCCUCUCUUCCGCCUCCGCUCAUGGGAAACUUCAGAGUUAAAUGGCAGCUCCAGAGCGGCAAGGGCAAGCGCAAGCGCAAGCUCAAGCACAAACACAAACACAAGCACAAACACAAGUCACAGGCGAAGUCCAGGUCCAAGUCGGCAGGGUCAAAGAAGUCGAAGAGGUCUGCGUCUCCGGACUCGGCUAAGGACCCCCGCCCGUCCAAGCGUCAGAGAGGUUUGACUGGGGACUCGGCCAGCGGCCCGGCCGGGGUUUCUGCCGCUUCCAGGUCGACCAGCAACUCGCGUUCGCGGACGUCUAUCAUCCGGAUCACCCGGCUCAGCGGCUUCUUCGUCUGCUUCCCAAGGCUCCCAUUCUUCUCUCCUCAAGUCCUCGAUGAUGCCAAGCACCGGUUGGCGAACUCGGUGAAAUCGGCGACUUUGAUGGAGCGUCUCGCAGAAGUGUUCGUGAAAAUCCGUGGGGAGGCUCCGAACUCGGCUUGUGUCAAGGAGGGUCCCACCAAGUUCUUCGUGGCGCUGUUCGAGCGGUGUCACUGGAUGGUCGAGUCGAGUGUGCUGAUGGGGCUCCAUCCGGCUUUUCACAUGGGGCUCCCGCAGCCGAGAUUGUUUGCUCCUGCUGGGGUCGACCCGCGUAUUGUCGAGGAUGCUAUUGAUGUGGACGUGGAUCUCGACGAGCCGGCUCCUCUCCAGAUUUCGUCGAGUGCUCCAGUCCCCUUCAACCGAGCUGGGAUUCACAUCUUCCAAGGUCGUGAAGCUGACGAACUCGGCUGGGCCGCUGCGUCUCUCUUCGGCCCUGCAUCGCCUCGAUCUCCAACCGAUUUAGGUGUGUCUACUUCUGCUGACUCGGCCAUUCCUGCUUCGAGCUCAGCGGACUCGGCUGUUCCAACAUCGGGCUCGGUGGACUCAGCUGCAGAGGACACUGAGGCAGUGGGUGGCUCGGCUGGGCUGGCCACGAGCACCGGAGGCUCGAUCGGCCUCCUUGCUGCGGCUGCAGCUACCGUUGAGGCGUCCACGGCUCUUUCGCAGGCUCCUCUUUCUCCAUAA